UUUGACAACACCUGUGAUACGUUCUUGUCUUGAACACGCGUCAUGUUAAUUAGUAGAUCCUUAUCAGUGGGGAUGUGCGAUAAUCAUGAUUCGGAGAAAGAAAUUGUCAGAGUUGCUUCUGCGAAUGCAAGCAAACGGUAUUUACCACCAUGGAUGCUGCCGAAGGUUGCGGCCGCUACCAUCCCUGUGCACAAUUCUGUCAGUGCUGAAAAGAAUUGCACUCCAGGGAAAUCAGCUAUAGCUGAAGCUCCUGACUUGAUGGAAGAUGCUGAAAUUGCACUGAAGAAAGCAGGAGUGGGUCAUAAGAGGGAAACUUCAAAGAGGAAGUCGUACUCUCUUGCAGAACGCGGAGUUAAGAGAAGAAGAAAGUUGAGUGAACAGGAUGCAAACAGUGAUGGUAAUGCUACACAAAAGAACAAGAAGAAAAAGGAGAGUUCUAAGGUCAAAUCUCUGAAGAGUUCUUCAAAUAAAAGCCAAACUGUCAAAGACCCUAGUUGUGGUGAUACUGAUGCAAAUUCUGUUCAAGGUUUUACUGAUUAUGACACAGAGCUAACGAUUGAGGACCUGAUGACCAUUGCGGAGGAGUAUGUCAAAGAUUAUGAGAAGAAGAAACAAAAAGAAGCAUCAAAUAGCCAGUCUGAAUCAGUACAGCAAUUUCCAACGACAGGUGAAUAUGGAAAUUCUCUUGGUUCCCAUUGUGAGAGAAAAAGGUGGUCUUCUCCCGAAAGGGAGGGUCUAUACAGUUCCACUUCAAAUAAAACCGGUGAAUUGGUUCCUACUAGAACCUCUCAAACUGGUGAUCCUGCUCAAGAGAUGCUGGAGCUUUUGUUGGGUCCUUUGCUGAAACCCCUUGAGGAGGAGAAGAACAAGUCUAUUGUCGAAAGUGUGGAGUUCACCCAGGAGUCCCCUGGAAAAAGACAAGACGAAUUUUCUGGUAAAGAUAAAGUUCCCUUGACGAAGAGAAAAUGUAGUUUGAAAGACAAAGUAGGACUGUUUCUUGACUAAGGUAUGUGGAUCCAUUGAAAGCAGAAGAAUCACAUAUUUCAUGCCAAAGCACAAAUUUAAGUUUUUUUGUUUCUUAGGUAAGUGCGAAUGUAUAUAAUUCUUCAAUCGUUGUCUCGUCCUAGUCAAAGUUUGUCAAUAUGAAAUCUAUGGAUCAAAUUCUUAUACAGUGAAAUUGAAGUUCAAUCAGAAG